GACCAAUACAAAACCUCAUCCAAAACCGGAUUAAAGCGGGAGACCUUCCUUCUUUCUUUCUCUUCGUUUCAACCAUGGCUUCCGCUUCUGUUUCAUCACUAUCCUUCCUUUUCUCUUCUUCAAAACCAGCUUCUUCCAACAAACCUACAUUCACAGAUUCUCCAUUUUUGCAGCAAUCACCCGCCAGAAGACACUUCCUCAAAGGAUUGACUCUGUCGUUAGUACCAUUUACUACCAUAAUCCCAUUGCAUUCACCUUCACCUUCUGAGGCCAAAGAAAUUGAGGUUGGUUCCUAUCUACCGCAAUCCAAUUCUGAUCCUAAUUUCGUGAUGUUUCAAGCCUCUUCUAAGGAUACUCCAGCUCUUCGUGCAGGAAAUGUGCAGCCAUACCGAUUCGUCCUUCCACCAACUUGGAAGCAAUUGCGUAUUGCUAAUAUACUGUCUGGGAAUUACUGCCAACCCAAAUGUGCAGAGCCUUGGAUAGAGGUGAAAUUUGAAGAUGAAAAGCAGGGCAAAGUUCAAGUAGUGGCUUCUCCUUUGAUACGCUUGACCAACAAACCUAAUGCAACAAUUGAAGAUAUUGGGAGCCCGGAGAAGGUUAUCGCUUCUCUUGGCUCUUUUGUUACUGGAAAUACUUAUGACUCAGAUGAACUACUUGAAACAUCAAUUGAGAAGAUAGGAGAUCAAACGUACUAUAGGUAUCUUCUGGAGACUCCCUUUGCAUUGACUGGUUCACACAACAUUGCAAAGGCUACGGCAAAGGGAAACACCGUGAUCUUAUUUGUGGCAAGUGCCAGUGAUAAACAGUGGCCGUCAUCCCAAAAGACUUUGAAAGCUAUAGUAGAUUCCUUCAAUGUGUAAUAUAUCCUUCUCUCCAUGUAAGUAUAUCCAUGCCCUCUUCAAUUCUUUGUUUACAUGUGUUGCAUGAAGGUUCACCGAAACAUACUUUAACCAUAUUUUUUUGUAAAAACAAUAUUUUGUUGUGCUUUCAUGAUAGAGCUAAAUAUAUGGCAGCAACUUAUGUUGUCUGAAUCUAUUUUGUGAA